UGGCAUUUCGGAACUGUUCAUAAAAACGUUUCUCCUAUUGGCAUAGCUGACUGUAAUGCCAUGAAUGACCCAAACUACAUCAUUAAUAUUUCUGUUAGUGACAUAUUUUAUGAUCCACCAAUUGCUGCAAUUGUAUAUAUACCUUCGAGCAGCAUUGUAUAA